GUGGUCAGACGAAUUGAUUGAUUGAAUGGAUGACACACUGCCUCUAUAUCUGUCUGUCUGUCGGGCUGUCUGUCGGGCUGUCCCAUAGCCAGCGCACUCUUCGUGUGUGCACGCUUCUACAGACACAUAGAUAGCAUUGGGACCUUCGAAAUGAAUUAUCAAUGGAUGCACCACAAUCAGCGGCACAUAUCAGCGACUCCUUCCUUCCACCCGCCGCCGCGUCGCGGGUGGUAACUACGGAUGCCAUACAUCGAUGUGGCCCGGCAUCAGCGGCUCCCUCGCACCCGGCAGCCGGCGAGUCUGGAAACCCCUCUCCACGCUCCCAACCUACAUCACCAUCACACAACACACACAUCAUAGUAUGCCACAUUAGGCACAAGACAGACAUGAUGGAUGGAUGGCGCUUUGCUCUCUUUGUCUGUCUGUCGGUCUUACGUAUCUCUUGAUGCGGCCGAAUGGCUCGAUGUCGUCGGGUAUGCGGAUGUAUCGGAUCUUGCUCUGCGAGACCGUCACGAGCUCGAGCUCCUCCACCUCGCUAACCAAAUCCUCACCAUCGCGCCGCUCUCGCGUCAUCGUCGCAUCACGCAUGUGUAUCCUGCACACACACACACACACACGCACAGAAGCACACAGUCGGAAUAUCAUUCAUCCUCGAGUGUCGUUUCUUAAGCACAUGCAGGAUUCGAAAGGCCUUUCGACGCUCUCCAAGAUGCCCUCGACCACCACCUCAUUCCGCAGCUCCACAAUGAUGCGCUCGAGCACCAGGCUCUCGAGAUACAGCUGCUGCAGUGACAGCUGUCGAUACCACGCCGUCGGCAGCCUCUUGCGCCAAAGCCGUCCCUUCCACCACCCGCGACGCGGCUUCUUUGUGGGCGGGGCAGCCUGAUGUGCUUCUCGCGGUGAUGUGUCCAUCGCUGCACCGCUGUUUU